AUGCUGCACACGGCGCAGCACCUGCUGCACCACAGCGACCUGGCAGUGCGCUCCUUCUCUCUCCUCCGCUCGCGGUUCCCCCACCUCCCUGGAGCAGACUCGCUGGCACCAGGGCAAGCGGACAUCUACCGGGGCGUGCCGUGCCUGCCGUCGCCCUUCCUCAUCGACACAGUCGCUCGCUUUGAAGUUAAAGUAACAGAGUACCGCCACAAGCUCACCGAGCUCCAGGCAGCCAUCGAACCAGCCCUGGCAGACUCCAGGUUCGGCGUCGGGUACUCCCGAGCCGCGUCGGCAGCUUCAGCGGCAGCAGCGGUUGAGGCUCUCCCUGUGAUUAUAAAGAAUCUGCAUGAUUUUUUCAUACAUGUAGCAGCUCAGGUGGAGAGGGUACAUGAGAGGGUGGAUGCGGCAAGGAAUGCGUUUCUGGCGGAGAGGCGGAGGAGGGGCGACCGGAGUAAUCCGUUUGCAGAGGCAGACCGGAUUGAGGCUGCUGCUACUGCCAGUAAGAAACCCUCCCUGCUCGGCUCUGCUGCUGGCGUUGGUACUGGUGCUGCUGGUGGUGCUGCCGGUGCUGCUGGUGCAGGAGGUACAGGCAGUGGGAUUCUUUCCUCUCCGCUCUCCCUCCUUCCCGGAACCACCACUCCCGGCGCCUCCCCAAACCCUACCGGGCUCUUCCCCUCCUCCACAUCCACCACACCAUCCCUCUUCGGCAGCUCCCCAGGCACCUCCCUCUUUGGCACCCCCACUCCGUCGCUCUUCGGCAGUGCCACUCCUGGUGCCGCCGCUGCUGCUGCUGCAUCCUCUCCUGGCCUUUCUUUCGGCAACCCUGCCACACCUGCCACGGGCACCACGUCUCUCUUCGGCGCUCCGAACCCGGCAGCAGCAGGCUCGUCCCCCGGCUCCUCUCUCUUUGGGAACACCUCGGCUUUCGGCACCGGCGCAUCUGCCUUUGGAGCAACCCCAGGAGCAGCAGGAGCGGCCGCAAGCACCCCGUCGCUGUUUGGGUCCCCGGCUGGUCCCACAACCGGGGGUCUGUUCGGAGCAACGCCAGCAGCAGCGUCGCCUUUCGGUGCUCCCGCUGCUUCGCCGUUCGGUGCUGCUGGGGGACCCUCGCCGUCGCCGUUUGGAGCAGCGGCGUCGGCUCCUGGCACAUGGCUGUUUGGUGCUCCUGCUGGGGGUGCGGCAGCUGGAUCUGGCGGCUUGUUUGACCACUACCCGUUCAAAGUCGCGGGGCUCCUCCAGAAGACGCUAAGAGGACACUAA